AUGGACAUACCGGACUUACAAUGCAUCAGACCAUCCCGUCACCAAAGAAGACGAUCUAAAGGAUCAGGAGGGUACUUAGGAGUACGAAGAAGACAAUCAGGACGUUAUGCAGCGGAGAUUACAAACCCUUAUACUAAGAAGAGACAUUGGUUAGGCACAUUUGAUACACCGGAGGAAGCAGCAUUAGCCUAUGACACGUCAUCAAUCACCUUUAGUGGUAUUGACAAAGCUCAAACUAAUUUUUUCUAUAUGUUUCCUCCUAUGCCUUCUCCAUCUCCUCCAAUACCACCUCCACCACCUCCGCUGCCUUCUCCACUACCACCUCCGCCACCUCCUCUAUUGGAGGAGAAGAAGGAAUAUUGUUUUGAGUAUAACUUUGAUAUUAGUGAUCAUGACGAUGAUUGGAUCAAUAUUACCACCAUUUUGCAGAGUUUUGGUCAAUCGAAUGCAUCUCUUUCAUCUUUGAUACUAUAA